GUCGGAAUGAGCUGAUUGCCCGCUACAUCAAGCUCCGGACAGGGAAGACCCGCACCAGGAAGCAGGUUUCCAGCCACAUUCAGGUGCUGGCCCGCCGGAAAGCCCGCGAGAUCCAGGCCAAACUCAAGGAUCAGGCAGCUAAAGACAAGGCCCUGCAGAGCAUGGCUGCUAUGUCGUCCGCCCAGAUCGUCUCAGCCACAGCCUUCCACAGUAAAAUGGCCCUUGCCCGGGGCCCCAGCUACCCAGCACUCUCAGGGUUUUGGCAAGGAGCUUUACCAGGCCAAGCCGGAACAUCCCAUGAUGUGAAACCUUUCUCUCAACACACCUACACUGUCCAGCCUCCGCUGCCUCUGCCAGGGUUUGAGUCUCCUGCAGGGCCCACCCCAUCGCCCUCCGCGCCCCCAGCACCUCCGUGGCAGGGCCGCAGUGUGGCCAGCUCCAAGCUGUGGAUGUUGGAGUUCUCUGCCUUCCUAGAGCACCAGCAGGACCCUGACACGUACAACAAGCACCUGUUUGUACACAUUGGCCAGUCAAGCCCAAGCUACAGCGACCCCUACCUCGAAGCUGUGGACAUCCGCCAGAUCUAUGACAAAUUCCCAGAGAAGAAGGGCGGCCUGAAGGAGCUCUUUGAACGGGGACCCUCCAAUGCCUUUUUUCUUGUGAAAUUCUGGGCGGACCUCAACACCAAUAUCGAAGAUGAAGGCAGCUCCUUCUACGGGGUCUCCAGCCAAUAUGAGAGCCCCGAGAACAUGACCAUCACCUGCUCCACCAAGGUCUGUUCGUUUGGCAAGCAGGUGGUGGAGAAAGUUGAGACAGAGUAUGCUCGCUACGAGAACGGCCACUACACGUACCGCAUCCACCGGUCCCCGCUUUGCGAGUACAUGGUCAACUUCAUCCACAAGCUGAGGCGUCUGCCAGAGAAGUACAUGAUGAACAGCGUGCUGGAGAACUUCACCAUCCUGCAGGUGGUCACCAACAGAGACACACAGGAGACCUUGCUGUGCAUCGCGUACGUCUUUGAGGUGUCUGCCAGCGAACAUGGAGCACAGCACCACAUCUACCGGCUGGUGAAAGAAUGAGAGACUCGGGGAGCAGGGAGGGGGAAGAGACAAGUGCAGGAAACGGGACAUGGAAAGGGACCUGCCCAGGCUGUCCCCUGAAGUGCCAAGAUUGCUGAGCUGCGUGGCCAUGACUCCUCCUGCUAGGAACACACUACUGUGCUGGUCCGCAAUGUCCGCCCCCCAAUAAACCCAAGGUGUUGUGUAUUUUCAGA